CGAAUACGGCUUUCAGCAUGUUCUCGGGAGGCUUAUGCACCGAAAUGUUGCAAUAUUGCUGCACAUACAGUAUUGCUGCAGCUACACAAAUUAGGCGCAAAACUCCUUACUUCAUGCACUACCCCUCUGGUGACAGGGACCUUGUCCGUGAGCCUAUAAGACAGAGCAUACCAUGCUUAUCUAAUAAGUUUCUAGCAUCUUUUGAGACUCACCGUUUCUCCAGAUUCACUUAUCCCAUACGCUUUCUUAGAUUUUUACCUUCCCCACGAACACCUACAAUCGUUGAAAUUCUCAACUGACAGCUACCCUUCGUGUCUCGAUCACAGUUCCAUUCUCGCACCGCCCAUAAUGAGUAACAUAAAUGCGGGCUACGAUGAGACAGAGUCAACCAGCAUCAACACAAUCUUUAUCCAGCAAAAUUCGCAGUCGGUAAGGCUCGCAAAGCCCAAUGGUAAUGGCAUUCUUGAUAUCGGCUUCUGCCACAACUCUUCCACGCUAUCUACGGUCAACAAGCUCGAUAGAACCUCCGAUAAAGAAAAUUUACAAUCGAGAAGACUUAUGAAGCUUAAGAAGACCAAAACCACCUCUCAAUGGAUUAUCGAUCAUCAGAUUGGUAUUUGAUACGACUAGACCUUUUUUUUAAUAAAUAUCUAACUUCGUACUUAGGGAUUUCAAUCAACUUCCUUAUCCUUCUUUCCACAACCCACAUCUGCUUUCCCAAUAUUCGCGUACAAACUUGGAAAUUUUUUCAGCUUUCCUAUCACAACCCAAAUAGUGGGAAUUAUGCCCUAGGCCCAAAUGACACCUGCAUCGUUAUAUAUUUGAUCGUUGCAUUCACAGCAUUGCGGGCAAUCGUGAUGGAUUAUGUUCUGAUGCCAUUUUCGAAAAAAGUCGGUGUUAAGCAGGUGAGAGAUCAGGCAAGGUUCUGCGAGCAGGCAUGGCUGCUCGUUUACUAUUCUGUCUUCUGGACAAUGGGAAUGGCAAGUCGUUUGCCCCUACGUAUAUGAGUUUUGCAUUUCUAAUAAUCGUAGUACAUCAUGAUAACAUCAGACUACUGGCUCAACCUCAAAAAUAUGUGGACCAAUUUUCCUAUUCGUGAGAUCUCGGGGUUAUCCAAAUGGUACACAUUGGCGCAAUACGCAUUUUGGGUGCAGCAAUUCCUUGUCCUACAUGUCGAAAAACGUAGAAAAGAUCACUGGCAAAUGUUUGCCCAUCACGUCGUCACUACGCUCCUAAUAUUCUGCAGCUACUGCUAUCAUCAAACAAGAGUUGCCAACCUAAUUCUCUGCAUCAUGGAUGUAGUUGAUCUCUUCUUUCCAGUAGCCGUCUCCCAAUCCUUUAUGUAAAUCUUCAGCUAACAAGCCGUUCAGACCGCUAAAUGUCUCAAAUACGCCGGCUACGAUAUUCUCUGCAACAUCAUGUUCGGCCUCUUUAUGAUUGUUUGGAUCGCCGCGCGCCAUGUCAUUUUCAUGAUGGCUACAUAUUCUGUCUACGCACAUAGCGAUACCUCUAGCCCACCUGGCUGCUACAAAGGCCAGAUGGGAUCAAUCACAGGACCAUUUCCACCACCCGACCGCUACGCACAUCUUCUCGAACCCUUUAUCCAACCUGAGGGACUGGUAUGUUGGACUGGUCCUGUGAAGUGGGGCUUUGUGAAUUCACUUCUUUUUUUGCAAGUUCUUACUUUGAUAUGGUUUUCUAUGAUUUUGAAGGUUGCACUUAAGGUGCUAAAGGGAGGAAAGGCGGAUGAUACGAGGAGUGAUAAUGAAGAGAAAGCAGAAAACGAAAAUGCGAUGGAUGACGAGAGCGAAGAGACCGAGUCGAAAGGGAAAGAAGAAAAUGAUCUCGACAUCGCUCAGCAUUCGGAGAAUGGGCAAAAAUUGAAUUCAAAACCAUUGGGAGAAAUCGGUGCGGAAUCCCUCAAUUUUCGAGGCAGAACAUUGCUUGCAUACCAAAACAAAUCUGGGAAGAACACCAGAUACGUGACCGGAGCCAGCGCUGUCAAGAACUAAUUAUCAAUUCGUCUUUGAGUAUUGCAUAUUGGCACGGAAGGAAUUGAACGUGUUACCAGCUGCAAACAGCGAUGUGGGGUAACUUGACAGUAGUAACCCCGCGAUUGAGGUCGCAGAUGCGUACAGUAUCGUGCAUAAUUACUACUUGUUGUCUCGAUCUGUAUAAGACUUCUUUCAAGGUAUUCGAGCUAAGAUGUACUGCCAUUGUGUAGUGCGUCCUGCUGAAUCGUAUAAUCAUACUGUUUGCCUCGCUAAUCCGAGAUCCUUCGCGAUUUGGGUGCGUGUACCAAACUCUUUUUUGCUUUACCUGCUAUCCAAACCCGUUGAUAUGGUGUUUAAUGGACAAACUUUGGUUUAUUUCCUGGGAUAGAAAGUAAAAGAGUGUGAACUGGUGGCAUUAUUAAAGAAUCAAAAAAAUAUGAAAAAUAGUUGAUACAUGUGAAAUCGAAAGUUAAAACGCCAUGUACUUAGAAUACCACC